AUGAUCGCCGACGAAGAUCCAGCGUGUUGUGGUUCAGGAUGCACAAAUUGUGUGCUGGACUCGAAACCUUCGAAACACAUCCUUCCCACGGGCGUAAGUAGUGUGUUCGAUAGAACGUACAAACCGUUCACUUGCGCAUCGAUCAAACAAGAAACGGAGGAUGUGUUUCGGUUCAAAUUUCGAUAUGAAUCGACAGCAUCUCAUGAUGAAAUUCGUGAUAAACAUCGGUACGUGAUAAUACCUCACGGAUGCCAUUUGUUUCUGAGAAUGCUGAAAAGUGCAACACCGCCGAUUGGAUCAGCAGCUGACAAUCUGUUGCAUGCUUGGCGUGAAAAACAUACCGUUCAGAUUGCGGCGAGGGGUUAUUUUGCUGAACAAAGCAAUACGGUUGAAAAAUAUGAUAAAAAUGAAGCAGACCUCUAUUUCAGCCGACCGUACACGCCGAUCUCGUUCGACACCAAUGAGGGCACGUUUGAUGUACUGAUAAAAAUGGAACCAGGCGGUCGUAUGACAGAAUAUCUGCUGACGCUCAUGGUCGGAUCCGGAACCCAGUGGAAAGGGGUUUAUGGAGAUUUCGUGUGGAAACGUAGCCAGUACCGUGAGGUGGUUGCCUUCGUGCAAGGCGUUGCCAUAGCACCAGUGUACAGCACUAUGCGGGCAAUUCUAGACGAUGAAGAGGACGACACACGUUUGAUGUUGUGCGGAUGCUUUCGAAAUCUCCAGAAUGUUUUACUACGCGAUGAGCUUCGCGCAAUGGCCGCGUACUGGAACUUCAAAUAUGCAAUCUACCUCUCCAGGCGAAGCUGCACCUGCCUCCUGGGAUCGGAGUGCGGUUGCGUUGCAAAACCAAUUAAAUACAACGAACCGAUCUACGAUCGUCGAUUGGAAGCAGCGGAUGUUGAGCGUUUGCUGAUGCCGCUUUCGGAAAGGAAACACUCGUUACUCGUAUUACUUUGCGGAACCGAAUCGUUUAUAGCGCUUAUCAAGACUAGUCUAGAGAAAUUGAGAAUAGAACAUUGUUACACAUUUUAG